UGUCUCAUGGAUGCACCGUCAAAAAAUUUGGUGAGCAAACCGUCGUCAACUGCAGUGGGCUAGGUCUGAUGACCAUACCACAGGACAUCCCACCAAAUGCAACAGUCUUGGACUUGAGCUACAACUGCAUUCCUGUCCUGAAAAACAGCAGCCUGGCAUUCUUAUCGCACCUGAAGCACCUGAACAUCUCCUACAGCUGCGUUCAUGACAUCCAGAUUGGAGCAUUCCAUAACGUGUCCCACCUUAAAGUACUGAACCUGGAACACAACAGCUUAACCGUGCUACAGAAGUUCUCGUUUUCGGCACUCCACAGCCUUGAGAAACUGCUUCUGUCCCACAACAAUAUAACUAACAUCGACCCAGAAUCUUUCCACAACUUGACCAACCUACAGUGUCUUGACCUGAGUCAUAACAAACUAGACAUUGCUUGCACACAUCUGAAAAUGUUCCAGGACCUACAACAUCUAGAAUGUCUAGACAUGUCAUUCACUGGAGAUAUUUGGGGCUCUUCUAAAUCUAACUGCAGUCAAACCCUGCAGAACCUAACCAACCUUGUAUCCCUCAAGCUAUCAUCAUGCGGCAUUGGCAACAUCCCUGCCAAUGCACUAGAAAAUCAGAAAAACCUCCAGUACCUGGACCUGAGCUUUAAUGAUCUACAUAGUUUACCCAAUGACAUCUUCUUUACUUGCAACUCUACAAACCUCAAUGUCAAUCUAAGAGGAAAUCAUAUAGGGUCUCUCUCAGCACAGGUAUUUUCUACCUUGCAUCCUGCAUUGGAACUAGAUUUGUCUGGAAACGACUUUUUCCAAAUUGGUUCCUCUACAUUAAUGGCCAUACAGAAUGUUUCCCUCAUAAAUUUGUCAGACAACCCCUUUGACUGUGACUGUGAGCUGGUAGAUUUUGUACAAUGGGCCAACAACCAUGAAGCUCAAGUUGCUGGAUGGAACAACACUACUGCUGUAAUAGAUCAUUACAAAUGUGCAAAUGAAAAGUAUGAAGGAAAAAGUUUGGAGGAUUACAGUGAAUAUUGUCCCAGCACAUUUUCCUGGUCUUUAAACCAUAUUGCUAUCAUUGCAUCAAGUGUUUCAGCAUUCGUAAUUCUAAUUAUUAUUGUACUUAUGGUAAUCUACAAAAGGUAUAGAAAACAUGAACCGGAAAGACAAGGAUAUGCGCCAAUCAUUGGAUUUCAAGAUCUACAACAGCAAGACUACCAUUACCUGUACGAUCUAUUCAUUAUCCACAGUAGAGAAGAUAUUCGAUGGGUACAGAUGUGUGCUGCAAGAUUGGAGAAAGGCGAGUAUACUGUGUCUUAUAUGGAGCGGGACUUGCCUGGGGGUUGUCACAGUUUGGAAGGGAUUGACCAUUUUAUCAAUAACAGCCGGAUUAUCCUAGGGAUCAUCACAAUGAACUCCCUGUGCAAUGGGCUAUGCCGUCAUGCGUUGCAGAUAGCCAGACAGUUGGAAAUCGAACAGGGAGCUCACCACCAGUUGAAACUGAUCAUGUUAGAGGAUAUUGACUUAAUGAUGAAUAACUUGGCUCCAGAGGACCGAGGUCGUGUAUUCAGUAUCAUUCGAGGUAAACCAUACAUAAGGUGGCCCGAGGAUGGCAGGGAAGAACGACAAUUUUGGGACAGACUGGAACAGAUGAUAGGAAACCCUGUGGUAUAAACUAUGAUAGGAGGCAAAUGCAGUGUAUGUGCCUUUUAGCAUGUUAAGCUGUUUCAAACACUGUCUAAUAAUAUGAAUAAGAGCA